AAAGUAGUAACGAAACAGAGAAAACCAGCGAUUUUCUCCGGAAAGAUCCUUUCUUCCGUCGCCGCCAUUGACAAGAUGUACUCGGCGAGCGCUAAAAUUGUGAAGCCGCAAGGCGAAAAGCCAGAUGAGUUUGAGUCAUCAAUUUCUCAGGCUCUUCUGGAGCUUGAGAUGAACAGUGACCUUAAGGCACAGCUGAGAGAGCUGUACAUAACAGGAGCCAAGGAAAUUGAUGUUCAGGGCAAGAAGGCUAUCAUGAUCUUUGUACCAGUUCCUCAACUCCGAGCUUACCAGAAAAUCCAGACAAGACUGGUCAGAGAGCUUGAAAAGAAGUUCAGUGGGAAACAUGUAGUAUUUAUUGCACAGAGGAGAAUCCUCCCGAAACCUACCAGAAAGACAAGGAGGAAGAACAAGCAGAAGAGACCUAGAUCUCGUACACUAACUUCAGUCCAUGAUGCCAUCCUUGAGGAUCUAGCUUUCCCAGCAGAAAUUGUUGGCAAGAGAAUUAGAAUUAAGUUAGAUGGAUCCCGACUGAUUAAGGUGCACUUGGACAAGAACCAACAGACAAAUAUUGAACACAAGGUGGAUACUUUCACAGCUGUGUACAAGAAACUUACAGGAAAAGACGUUGCAUUUGAGUUUCCUGAAUAUGUGUUAUAAAUUCACAAAUAAAAUGUGAAUUACAACAUA